CUGGGGACUGUUGGGAAUCGACAUUUUAGUGGGGGGAUUAGCCGAAUUACAGCGGCCCUCGUCUGAUCGGAGACGGGAAAAAAUUCUUAACAUUUCCCUAAUAAAUGAUGUAAUUUAAUUUCAAUUUUACUUCGCAAGAAACGGAGAUCAGUUGGAUAUGCCCUGGUGCUGUUAUAGCAAGAACUUUAAAGGGGCACGUAUUAGAAAGUGUGUUGAAAUGGGAGAAGAGACCUCAUCAGUCGACUCCAUCAGUAACGUCAACUCUAGGAAUCAAAAUUUUGUUUGUGGUGUCGUUGAAGGAUUUUACGGUCGGCCAUGGACUACAGAGCAGCGAAAAGACUUAUUCGAGAGGAUGAAGAAACUAGGUCUGAACACAUACAUGUACGCCCCUAAAGACGACUUCAAGCACAGGGCCUACUGGAGGGAGCUCUACACCGUCGAAGAAGCCGAGCAUCUGACAAACUUAAUUCAGGCAGCUAAGGAAAACGGGAUAUCCUUUUACUAUGCAUUGUCGCCGGGACUCGACAUCACGUAUUCCAGUUCGAAAGAGGUGUCCGCCUUAAAGCGCAAAUUGGAACAAGUAGCACAAUUUGGAUGCAACGCUUUUGCACUUCUCUUCGACGACAUUGAGCCCGAAAUCAGCGAGACUGACAAGGAAGUGUUCCAAUCUUUCGCACAUGCCCAGGUUUCGGUCACAAAUGAAAUUUACCAGGAGCUGAAUCAACCCAAGUUCAUUUUCUGUCCAACAGAAUAUUGUGCAGCUAGGGCUGUUCCCAAUGUGCAAAAUUCUGAGUACCUCAACACCAUUGGCCUGAAGCUGAUGCCCGGAGUGGACAUUAUGUGGACAGGUCACAAGGUAAUCUCAAAAGUAAUAUCCGUGCAAUCAAUCGAGGAGUUGAUGGAGGUGUUGAGGAGGCCACCCCUUCUCUGGGACAACCUCCACGCCAACGACUACGAUCACAAACGGUUGUUCCUCGGACCUUACACGGGACGUUCCACGGACUUGGUGCCCCACCUCCGGGGGGUCCUGUCGAAUCCAAACUGCGAGUACGAGGCCAACUUCGUGCCUCUUCACACGUUGGCACAGUGGAGCAAGUGCAGCAGUGAUGCCAAGCACGACCUCAGUGUCAGCGCGGACAUUCGUCUCGAAACGGAGAGCGAAGCAGGUUCCAUGGAAGACGUUCCUCCGCACCUGGGGCCUCAUGCGUACCAUCCGCGCAAGGCCCUUCGUGCUGCCAUUCUCGAGUGGCUUCCACAAUUUGAACGCAGUAAAAGUGCCCACGGGCGGGUCCUGGCCCCCACGGGGGUGUUGCUGUCUCCCCCCGCUCCCCCCGGGGUGACCCCCGAUGACUUCCAGCCCCUGUCGAGCGAACUGGUCAACUCCCUGGUUGCCCAACCGCCCGCCGAGCCCAUGGACUGUGUGCCUCCCGUGCGGGAGGACGAGCCAGCCCUGAAGGAUGUGCAGCUGACGGUGGAAGAUUUGUCUCUCUUGGUUGAUUUGUUCUACCUGCCCUUUGAGCAUGGGCCACAAGGGAUUGCAUUCCUACAGGAAUUCCAUUGGCUGAGAAGCAAGGGCCACGUCGUGUGGGAAGGGCGGCAGAAACGAGGCGAUCCGAGCGAGCUCGAAGAGUGGCAUCGGCGAGCGGAACGUUUCGACUCGAUGACCCAGGCGACGUGUCGUCUGCUACAGCAUUUGACUGGCGUGCCUAACAGGGCCCUCCUCUAUGACCUCUACCCUUACCUCUGGGACGUUAAAGGUGUAAUCUCGCUCCUCAACUCGUACAUUAAGUGGAUUGCCCUGGGACAAGCACCCAGCACCACUUUGGCUGCAUUUCCUUCGCCAUCAUUCACGUGGUUUUCCAAGGGCUACAAAGAAGCAUUCGUCAGUGGGGAACAGGAACCGUGGCUGUUCCGAGGCGGCCUGACUGCUGAACUUCAGCGCUUGCUACCUCUCGAGAGUGUCAGCGACUUGUUCCUCUACAAGCCUCCAGAGUCACCAUGCAGCAAAAAUUACAAUAUCAGGCCAUACGCACCGAGAGAUGAGACUCUGGUGUACGAGAUCUGCCGGAAGACAUGCGACGACGGCAUGGAUGGCACAGAAGUCUUUCCAGAGUACCCAAAUCUUAUUGGUGACAAGUUGGUGGGCAGCUUCCUGUGUCUGAGCAACGAGUACUGCUUCGUUGUUGAGGACGAGAACGGCAUCUGUGGCUACGCUCUGGCAGCACUGGAUGCCCAGCAGUUCAGCAAAAAGAUGGAGGUAGCCUGGAAGCCAGAGCUGUGCCUCAAGUAUCCAGCCCCUUCCAAGGAACCAUCGGAGAUGCUCACGCCCGCUGAAGAAAUAAUGACCAGCUUCCAUGCCCCUCAACCGACGACUGUUCCCGAGGUAGUGUAUAAACACCACCCGUCUCGAGUCAUCAUCAGCGUGCUGCCCUCUAUAACAGACCCCAGCGUUUCCAAACGUCUUCUGGCGUGUGUCUUGGCUGCUCUCAAAGCCAAUGGUUCGCACGGAGUGUUCUCGGAAGUGACUGUGGGAGACAAAAAUGUGCUGGACUUUUAUUCCAAGCUGGGUUUCCUGGAAAUUGCCCUGCCAGACUUCCUCAACGACGAAGUGUUCUUUCUAGGUCGAGCUUUCUAAAAGUGCCGCUUGUACAUACAUAUAUAUUUCCUACGCCCGGGGCAUCCGACGUCGCUGAGCCAUGCGCACUAGUGAUGGCUAGCAUGCCAGUCACCUUGUACAGAUGAAAAAAAAGUUGUAUAUUCCACCUUCAACAAUGGCCGCUGCAAAGUGUACAAAAAUGAGAGUAUUGAAGCAGAAUGCCAAGCUCUA